AGCCUCCCUCAUUUAGCCUCCCUUAAACUGCAGCAUGACUCUUUUGCCUUCUUCAAGCCCCUGACCACUUCAGAUUGGCUUACCUCGACGGAGACAGUCAGAUUAUUGCCGAGAUACACCUGAGCUCCCUGUGCUGUGAAUGGAGCUGCCGGUGCUCAGCGACGUUAACUUGCCUGCAUUCAGAUCCAACCCAUCACUGCCAGCAGCGAAUGGCAAAGCUAACCCUGGCAGGUUCGAGGAGUCUGCCAGUUUCUGCCAGUUCUACGGUGAUGGCACCAGCUUAACAUCCCGGGUCUCUGAGGUUCUGACCGGCUAUGAGACCCUGGAUGCCCCGCCACGCUAUGACUUCUACGCCAACACUGAGGUGUGGGGCCGACGGAGACCCCUGAGGCCAUCUUUGUUCCAGCUGCAUGGCAGCCCCGAGGAUGACUCCAGACCUCCACUGUAUGAGGAGACCACAGCCAGGCGGAUGGAAGAGGGAGACAGCUCAGAGGAGGAUGAGGACGAUCAGAAGGAGCCGCCGCCUGAACCAACCCGCUUUGGGUGGGUCCAGGGCGUCAUGAUCCGCUGCAUGCUGAACAUUUGGGGGGUGAUCCUGUACCUUCGGCUCCCCUGGAUCACAGCUCAGGCUGGAAUCGGUCUGACGUGGGUGAUCAUUAUGCUGUCCACCUGCAUUACCGGGAUCACCGGCCUCUCCACCUCAGCCAUAGCCACCAACGGAAAAGUCAAAGGAGGUGGCACCUAUUUCCUGAUCAGCAGGAGUCUGGGUCCAGAGCUGGGAGGCUCCAUCGGUCUGAUUUUCGCCUUUGCCAACGCCGUAGCCGUGGCCAUGCACACUGUAGGCUUCGCUGAGACGGUCACAGACCUGAUGAGAGACAACGGGGCUGUGAUGGUGGACCGAAUCAACGACAUCCGCAUCAUCGGCAUCAUAACAGUCACAUGUCUGCUGGGGAUCUCCAUGGCCGGCAUGGCGUGGGAGUCAAAGGCUCAGAUUCUGUUCUUCCUGCUCAUCAUGAUUUCAUUUGCCAGUUACAUUGUUGGAACCAUCAUGCCUGCUUCAGAGGAGAAACAAGCCAAAGGUUUCUUCAGCUACAGAGGAGACAUUUUUGCUGAAAAUUUUGUGCCCAGCUGGCGGGGGCCGGGGGGCUCCUUUUUCGGCAUGUUUUCCAUUUUCUUCCCGUCUGCCACGGGCAUCCUGGCAGGAGCCAACAUCUCUGGAGACCUGAAGAACCCUGCAGUGGCCAUCCCUCGGGGGACGCUGAUGGCCAUAUUCUGGACCACAUUUUCCUACCUGGUCAUAUCAGCAACCAUCGGAUCUUGUGUGGUGCGUGACGCCUCGGGGUCAUUAAACGACACCCUGUCUGCCUCUACGCCGGCUGACGCUUGCGUCGGUGUGGCCUGCGGUUAUGGAUGGGACUUCACCGAGUGCACCACCAACAACACCUGCCCGUUCGGCAUCAGCAACUACUACCAGUCCCUCAGCAUGGUGGCGGCCUUUGCCCCGCUCAUCACGGCUGGAAUAUUCGGAGCCACUCUGUCGUCUGCUCUGGCUUGUCUGGUGUCGGCCCCCAAAGUCUUCCAGUGUCUCUGUAUGGAUCAGCUGUAUCCGCUCAUCGGCUUCUUCGGAAAAGGUUACGGCAAAAACCAGGAACCUCUCCGAGCUUACCUGCUGACCUACCUGAUCGCGGCCUGCUUCAUCCUGAUUGCUGAGUUAAACACCAUCGCUCCCAUCAUCUCCAACUUCUACCUCUGUUCCUACGCCUUGAUCAACUUCAGCUGCUUUCAUGCCUCCAUCACAAACUCCCCAGGCUGGCGUCCGUCCUUCAGGUUCUACAGUAAGUGGCUGUCUCUGCUGAUCUCCGUGGUCUGUGUGGUGAUCAUGUUCCUCCUGACCUGGUGGGCGGCCAUCAUUGCCAUUGGUGUGGUCUUUUUCUUUUUGGGGUACACCCUGUACAAGAAGCCAGAUGUAAACUGGGGCUCCUCGGUGCAGGCCAGCUCCUACAACAUGGCUCUGAACCACUGUGUGGGCCUGAACCUGGUGGAAGACCACAUCAAGAACUACAGGCCGCAGUGUUUGGUGCUCACAGGCCCGCCCAGCAGCCGCCCGGCUCUGGUGGAUUUGUUUCACUGUUUCACCAAAGAUCUGAGUCUGAUGAUCUGUGGAAACGUGCUGGAUGGGGGUUCCUCUCCGUCGGACCCCAACGGCAGCACUCAGAUCUCCUGGCUGAACCGCAGGAAGGUCAAGGCCUUCUACAGAGGGGUGGUGGCAGCAGAGCUGCAAGGGGGGGUGAACAUGCUGCUGCAGGGGGCUGGUUUAGGCCGCAUCAAGCCCAACGUCCUGGUAAUGGGCUUCAAGCAGGACUGGCGCACCGAGUCCCCCCAGGCUGCUCACAAGUACAUCAGCAUCCUGCAUGAUGCUUUUGACCUGCAGUUCGGCGUGUGUCUGCUGAGGAUGAGAGACGGCCUGGACAUCUCUUCUGCUCCACAGUCACAUGUUAAUCAGGGUUUCGAUGGAGGAUCAGAAAGUCAUAACCCCACCUCAGCGCAACCCAGUGUCAAAACAGGCUCCUCAACUCCAGACAUUGCAGAGCUUGCGCCACAGCCCAGUACAGUGUUUCAGAAGAGCCAGGGAAAGAAGACCAUCGAUGUGUACUGGCUUUCUGACGAUGGAGGUCUGACGCUGCUGCUGCCGUACCUGCUGACCCGCAGGAAGCGCUGGGCCAGGUGUAAGGUCAGAGUGUUUGUGGGCGGAGACUCUGAUAAAAAGGAGGAGCAGAAAAACGAGGUUCUUUCCCUGAUCAAGAAGUUCCGACUCGGUUUCCAACAUGUGGAAGUACUCCCAGAUGUCUACCAGAGUCCUAAGCCUAUGAAUGUCCAUCAGUUUGAGGACAUGAUCCGCAGCUUCCGGCUGGAUUCAAACCCCAAACAAGAGUGCGACUCUGGGCUUCUGAGGAAGCAGGACGCGCCCUGGAUGAUCUCUGACCAGGACUUAGAGAAGAACAUGGCCAAGUCUCUCCGCCAGAUCCGACUGAAUGAAGUGCUGCUGGACUACUCCAGAGACGCCGCCCUCAUUAUUCUCACUAUGCCUGUGGGGAGGAGGGGUGUGUGUCCCAGCACACUGUACAUGGCGUGGCUUGACAUCUUGUCCCGGGACCUCAGACCUCCAGUGCUCCUAGUCAGAGGAAACCAAGAGAGUGUUCUCACCUUCUACUGCCAGUGAAUCAAGUCUUCAAGAGUCAAAGCUAACCCGACACCAUCUGCCAAUCAAUGCUACCUGAUUUGUUUUUGAGCAUCUAACAUUUACUUUUUUAAUUUAGCCUCUAUUUUAGCAGAAAGUCCAGUGAGAUAAAAUCUCUUGUUCAAGAGAAACCUGGCCAAAAGGCAAACAGACAAUCAUAACAGCUUUAACUCCAAACAAUAACUCCAAUAUUGUUUCUGAGCGAUGCUGCUCUGUAAAAGCUUUUCAAAACAUCUUCUAUAGGAAGAGUUACCUAUUUAUAGGUUAUCAAUGCAUGACUGAGAACAGUUUUACAAAUGGGAUCAUUUUUGGUUAGACACUGGGAAAAAAAUGUUGUAAAUAAAGCUGCAAGAAUUCCCCUUUUUUUCCUUGUUUUAAAUCUUUGUUCAUAAUAUUUAUCUGAGAUAUGAGAUAAAGAAUAAACAGCUAAUUAUAGAAGAACAAAGUGAAGAAAAAUGAAUGUAAUAUAUAUGUACUAAUGCUUGAAAAGAAGUAGGAGUAAUUUUAAAAAAAUGUAUCAAAUCAAAUUUGUAAAGAUUCAAUACUUUCAUUUUAUUUGCUGCCGUAUAUUUUUUAUGCCUAACACACUGAUUGUAGUGACACAUUAUCAAUCUUACACAUAAGGUAUCCCAGAAUACAAGAAGUUUCUAAAUCACUCAACAUAUAUACCCAAAUACUGUCAUAGAAAUUGUUACAUAACAUUAGGCCCUAAACUGAUGUUGUGCAAAUAUUUUACAUAAUCCAAUAAAUGAUUAACUGCUGACCUCUGAAGGCUGUGCUGAUUUUCUCACUGUGGCUUGACCUGCUUGAUGCAGAUGGGCUGGUUGUUUUUGUUCUGCAAAAUUUCAAACAAUAAACUUCUUAUUUUUAUUUAAAACUUCA